GCGGAAGCCAUGUGGAUCUCAGGAGCGCCGAGCACCUUCGUCGCGUGCGCGCUCAAUUGAACUCUGGCCGUGCGUCGCGCAGUCGUCGACGCAUCAUGGCACGAAUCACCGCUCUCCUCGCACUCCUCCUUCUCGCAUUGGCAGCGACGGCGGACGCGCAGGCCACCAACACGACGACGCCGGUCCCAAGCCCGUCGACUGCACAGCCGACGCCGACAACGGAAGCACCCAAGCCAACGACCGCGCCGACACCCGCGCCAACGCCUGCACCGACGCCCGCACCAACGCCUGCACCAACGCCUGCUCCAACGCCCGCACCAACGCCUGCUCCAACGCCUGCUCCAACACCAGCACCGACGCCAGCGCCGACGCCAGCACCGACGCCUGCCCCCACGCCGGCGCCAACACAAGCACCAACGCCGGCGCCAACACCAGCACCAACGCCAGCACCGACGCCGGCGCCCGAGCCGACAGCAUCGACGUCGGCACCCGCUCCAUUGACGCCAGCACCGACGUCGGCCCCAACGGCUGGUCCGACCGAUGCACCGAUGCCGACAAAACUCCGGGCAACGACCGCGACGCCAACAGCACCCGCGACGGAAGAGAGCUCGGGAAGUGGCACGAGCAUUGCAGUCAUCGUCGGCGUGUCGGUCGCGGCCGUGCUCGCAGCGCUGCUCAUCGGAUGGUGCUUCUUCACGCGCCAGCGUUCGACACGGUACGCCGACGACGACGACAUGCCGUCGAUCCGAGCGUUUACCAAGUCGGCGAUGGACAACAGCACGUACGUCGGUGGUCGGUUCCAUGCGGCGCCCGACGCCUCCACCGGCGUCGUCGUCGGGAGUCGACCCAGCAACGUGCUCGACUCGCAGCGGGACAUGGCCGUCCUCGGUGGCUCAGACCGAGGGGUCAAGCCCGGUCUAUUUACGUGGGAGUCAGCCGCCCAGGACGUGGCAGCAUCGGCGCCACCGCCGCCGUACCGUUUUCAAAACAAGUUUGAGACGUACCCGAUCAGCGAAAAAUCGUACGUGAGCAGUGACGUGCCGGCGUCACCACUCUCGGCGCAGUCGGAUGCGACGGCGCCGCCGCGCGAGAUGAACGCGUGGGCCGCCGCGGCCGCUGACACCAACAGCUCCCGCCGGUACCACGCCUCCACCACGAGCAGCGGGCCUUCGAGCUUCGUGUCUGGGAGCCCCAACCCGUCGUUUGUUUCGAGCUUUAGCGGCUCGGAAAUGCACAGCUCAACCGACUUGGCCUCGAGCCGGUACCUCCGCACCAAGAGUCGGGACUCGAACGACAGCUUUGCGCUCUAAGAUAGAGGCGACAUGGUAGUGUGUUGCCGUAUCUAUUGUAAAUUAUCAAGCCAAACUGUUUACCACCGACAACAACA